AUGCAAGAGAAUACAGUUGACGGAAAAAACAACUUGCAAAGAGCAAAGAUCGCUUUACACGUGGCGAUAAGAUGGAUGCCGACGGAUGGAGUAUCUGUUCACAUCUUACCGGGCAGCAUUAGAUUGAAGUUGAAGGUUCUAAUACUGUCAGAAUCAAAGGUCUUGGGUGUACAUCAGGAGGUGGAGGUGGAGGUGGAGGUAGAAGUAGAGGUAGAGGUAGAAGUAGAGGUAGAGGUAGAGGUAGAGGUAGAGGUAGAGGUAGAGGUAGAGGUAGAGGUAAAGGUAGAGGUAGAGGUAGAGGUGGAGGUGGAGGUGGAGGUGGAGUUGGAGGUUGAGGAGGAGGACGUAGAAGAAGAGGAAGAGAAAGUGGAGGUGGAGGAGGAGGUAGAGGAGGAAGUACAGGAGGAGGUGGAGGUGGAGGAAGAGGUGGAAGUGGAGGAGAAGGUGAAGGAGGAGGUGGGAGUUGAGAAGAAGGUGGAAGAGGAGGUUGAGAAGGAAGUAGAGGAGGAGGUUGAGGAGGAGGUGGAGAUGGAGGAAGAGGUAGAGAAGGAAGUGGAGGAGAAAAUAGAGGAAGAGGUUGAGGAUGAGAUGGAGGAGGAAAAGGAGGAGGUGGAAAAGGAGGUUGACAAAGAGGUGAAAGAGAAGGUAGAGGAGAAGGUGGAGGAGAAGGUUAAAGAGAAGGUAGAAGAGGAGGUAAAGAAGAAGGUGGAGGAGGAGAUUGAGGAGGAGGUUGAGAAGGAGGUGGAGGAGAAAGUUGAAAAGAAGGUGGAGAAAGAGGUAGAGGAGGUGGAAGAAAAAGUGGCAAAGGUGGAGGUGGAGGAGGAGAUGGAAGUGGAAGAGGUGGAGGGGGGAGGAGGGGGGAGAGGAGGGAGGAAGGUGGAGAAGGAAGAGGUGAAAGAGGAGGUGAAGGAAGAGGAGGUGAGGUGGCGGAGGAAGAGGAGGAAGUGGAGGAGGAGGUGGAGAAGGAGGUGGAGGAAGAAGAGGUGA